AUGGAGCAUGUAAACAACACCCCUCUAGAUGCCGAUGUGCCAAAGGUCACUGGUCGAAAAGCUGCCAGGUCUCUUCGUCUCUUCCGAGGCGACGCCAGAUCGCUGGAUCCGCUUGUGGAUCUUGAUGGUCAGGAUGAUGUGAAUAAGACGUCUGCCGACGACUCCGUCGCUGCGGCCGCUAGAGAAUUGGCUCCGCUCAAAACAUCGCCAUCUGUGAAGAAUAGCGUGCUGCCCAUGGCCGCCGCCGCCAUUUCUGCUAUCACCGACCGUCUGUCUUCGGUCUCGACACCAGAUAGCGAAAGAGCAGACGCACAUCGUCCUAUGCUCGAGCCUGUGUCGCUGGCCACUUACUUUCCCCAUACUCCUGUUAAAGACGAUCAUCCAACCGUCGUAGAUGACAACACAGAUACAACGCUCCAGCACCUCAUGGCCGACUUGGAAUUUGACCAUAGCUCCCAUGGUGGCAUCACUAAAAUCAAAAUGCAUAAGGACGAGGCAAAGCCUGAAAACAGCCAUGUGACAUUCCACACCCAACCAGCUCCAACCGCUGAUUCCGUGGCCAACGAAGCAUAUCCGUUAACCGUAGAACUUCGGCCAUUCAAGAACAAGGUGGGCGGACACACCGCCAUUUUCCGUUUUAGCAAAAAGGCUGUUUGCAAAGCAUUGAUGAACAGAGAAAAUCACUGGUACGAGGCUGUGGAACGUAAGCAUUUAGAACUCAUUAAGUUCAUGCCCAAGUAUAUCGGCGUGUUAAACGUUCGCUACUCGUCUUUGGUGUCGGAGGAAUCCUUGUCUCCCAACUUAGGUCCAACGUCCGAUGCAUUCGAUAAAAAGCUGACAAUCACUCGCAGACCAUCACUCCCAGAUUACAACAAACCUCAUAGUAGGGUCCGUCUUCCUGAGGAUGGCCGUCCUCCUGAAGUCUCCUUAGAUGACAAUCGCCAUAUUAUUCCUGAUCUUCUUUGGAAGCAGUACUCCAACAGUGCACCCAACUCAAGUGCCCUUGAAGAUUUCUCGGGCUCGUCUCCAAAGCACCUCACUGAUCAAAACACCGAAAGUGCCGAAUAUGAUGAUUUCAGUAUCGGCUCUACUUCGGUCAACACCGAUUUGCAAGCCCAAGUGAUCCAAGAAGUGUUCGUUCCACAGGGCCGCAAGUCUGAUGACAUAUUCGAAAUGGAUGAUGAAGAGGCAAUUAGAGGGUCCGGCAGUGACGAGACCACAGAAACAGAACGUGGUCACGAAGAUUGUCACGCUGGAAAACUCUCCCCUGUUCUCCGCAAACAUACCCGAUUUGAACGCUUCAUACUUCUCGAAGACUUGACAGCAGACAUGCAAAGACCAUGUGCUUUGGACUUAAAGAUGGGCACGCGUCAAUAUGGAGUUGAGGCUAAUGAUCGUAAACAGGCUUCCCAGAGGAAGAAAUGUCUGCAGACCACUAGCAGAGAACUUGGAGUCCGUGUGUGUGGACUCCAGGUUUGGGACGAAAAACACCAAAGAUACUACAUGCGUGAUAAGUACUUCGGAAGACGCUUGCGGAGCGGCAUGCCGUUUGCCAAAAUUUUGGCAAAGUUUCUCUACGAUGGCACAAGUGCAUACUCGGUGGUUGUGAAGAUUCCAAGUAUCAUCAAGCAAUUACGUGAACUUUACGGUGCGUUUGAAAAAUUGAAUGGGUAUCGAAUGUACGGAUCGUCCGUGCUUUUGAUGUACGAUGGUGCCAACCAGUCGCAGGACAGAGGCAUCAGUGUCCACAUCAUUGACUUUGCACAAAGCGUGAUCGGAGAGGACGCAUCCAACUCUCACUACUCGCGACCACCCAAGUACCCAGAAUUGCCAGAUAUGGGGUACCUCCGUGGACUCAAGUCGUUGAUUCGGUACUUCAAGGAUAUAUUCCAGAUCAUCACCGGACAAGAUUUUGACGCUUUGACCGAUGUGAGUGAAUAUGUUGAAAACAAUAAGGAAGAGUUGGCAGAGGCAUGCUACUGGAUUGGCGCAUAUGCUGAGGACAACGACGAAGGUGACGAAGUACAUGAGGAAUCGACACAAGCAGAUCAGGGCCAGGAUCCAUUUGACAAACACUAUGACAUCAAUGACGAUGAGACAGGCAUCUCAGACUAG